AGCACUACUUUGGAUUGAAGGUGGUGUGCUGUAAUGACUCCACGGGAGCAGCUGAGGAAGAUGACAGCACUGAGUGACCAGGGGACUUUAGAUGAGAAGCACUGGUACCGAUUGGUCAACGGCAUGUCGGCUGGAGAGCUAAGGCAGAGGCAGGAGCUGAUAAUGAGGAACCAGAUGGCCAUGGCUCCACAGAUCCUCGCCCAGGGCCAACAGAGGUUACAGGGGGUCCCAACACAGUUUGAACAUCGUUUUAUGGAAAGGGAGUUGGUUCCUCCUGCAGAGAUGGUAACAUCCGAAGCAAGGCAGAUUCACAUGGGACAUCACCUCGGUCCACCCCUUCCACCACAUGCCAAUGUCCUGCCUGGCAGAGCAUUCCCAGGACCAGGUGGGUAUGGCUUCCUGCCCUCAGAACCAAUGGAAAACGUUGCCAGGCGACAGGAGCUCCUUCACAAGCAAAAUAUAGCAAGGAUGGAGAUGAACGCCAUCCUGCACCAGAAAGAGCUUGAGAAUGCUCACCAAAAAGGACUGAUGGGAAUAGAGAAUCCCAUGUCGUACCCUUCCAACCCCAUGCUCUUUAGGGGCCGCCAGCGCAUGCCAGACGGCCAUGAGGUCUUUGUCCACCGUCCCUCCCUAGAUGAGCUUCAUUCCAACAGCAUACUCAUGUCAUCCAACCCCUAUCCACCAAUCAGCUCGCUGCACAGAGAGAGAGGUCGUAGGGCUGGGCGAAGGCCUACUGUACAUAAGAGUACAGAGAACCAGGUGCCCAACCUGAAGGGUCAAACUGAGGACAAAAGUGUAGAGCAGAGUCCAGAGGCGACAUCAGGAGAGGAGAAAGAGUUAGAAGCAAAGGGGGAUGUGGGCGAGGAGUGUGGCACGAGUAAGACACACCAUCAGGUGAAAACAGACCCUGAGCUGGCCAUAGGAAGCAGGAAGAGCUACAAAGAGGGGGAGGCGGGCCUGCGUAAGACUUGCGCAACCACUCAGGAUGGAUGUUCAGAUAUUACCAACGGUGCUUCCAAUGAUAAAGACAUACCCAGUCAGUGUUCGGCUUUCCAGGAAAAAUUCAUCUAUCCCUCCACCGGUGGAGCUCUCACAGGGAUGCCUUAUGUGUUCCCUGUCCAAGGAAAUGGUUUUCUUCCAAGUGGCCCACCAAACCUCUUUCUAAAUGGUGAGGAAGUUCCAGAGGACUUAAGGAAGUGGACAGUGAACGAUGUUUACAACUUCAUUAGCAGUAUACCGACAUGCUCAGAGUAUGCUCAGACGUUCAAGGACCACAUGAUUGAUGGCGAAACUCUUCCACUUCUUUCAGAGGAGCAUCUACUGGACACACUAGGGCUCAAGCUAGGCCCAGCUCUGAAAAUACGCUCACAGGUAUCCAGAAGGCUGGGGAACAUGAUGUACAUGCUGAACAUACCUCUCCCCGGCACUCCACUGCAGGGCACAUCAGAAAAGCCCGGGGACCGCUCACCAGAAAUUGGCUCCCCCAUUAACUGCAACAGUGAGGACAUGGCUGCGAGUCCAAGAGACCCUGAGGUCAUCAAGUCUACAGAACAUAUUCAUGAGGCAGAAAACAGUUCUCCUCCCUCAGCCAGCAGUGAGAUGGCCUGACCUCCGUUGACACUAAGGACAAUUUUAAACCAAACCAGAUUCUGGCCUGAUGAGCUGUUCCCGCCACGGAAGAGGACGUGUUUACAUUAUGAGUCAUGAGUUAACAAUUGCAUUUCAUAUUUAAUUUGCUCAUAUAUGUACAUAGUAAAAAUAUUUUUAUUUUGAAUUCUAAUGUGAUACAUAUUUUAUCAUUCUUUGCUUUUAACCUUACAAUUUAAAGUAUUUUCAUGUAAAUUCUAAUUAUUUUCUAAGCAUUUCUAUUCUU